CCCAUAUCACCAUUUCACCCAUGCCGCGGCAUACAUACAUAACAUCCAACAUACCUUGAUAGCCUUCAGAUCUGCAUGAUCUAACAUGCUUCAAAACGAGCUUUUCGAAUAGCUUCUCUUGUUCGCGACUAGCGUGGGCUCCUUUGGCUAGAGCUGCCAAUGACAAAUAUAUCAGCUGACCAUGUCAUCCUAUCCUCCCGGCGUGAACUAUGAGAUCUCCAUUGGUUAGAUCGCACUCUAAUUACCUUCCAAAUGGCAAAUUGUCUUUUAGUAUUGCUUUUUCGGGGUCUCAGAUCGGAAUCUGAACAUUUCGGUCACCCGUCAUUAAAGGUUUUCGGACGCGGCCGCGAUCACUCGAUUAGAUAUCCGGGUGCAUAUGUCGCAUGUUCUCGAGCUUUCUGCGGCAUCAACUGGAACCUUGACCGGGCGCCUUGCAAAGCUGCGAACUCACGCAAACCGCUGAACCUUGCAACCCAUGAUGGUGGGUGGGUAUAGAGACAUCAGCCUCAUAUUCGAAUGGACACGCAGCGCAUAUCCAGCCUGCCUUGAUAGUGUUUCUCUCGGCGUUCGUCCUGCUGGGUAAGGCGGCUUUAUCGUAAAAACUGCAUGGUUAGGUUACACGGCAUGUGCGCUUUAUUGCGAAGAGACACAUUCGAAAAUGACAUCUUUCGACCUUUCGGCAUGCUAGAAAAAAAAACCACGUAAGUGAUGGGUGGAUGGA